AUGACAGAAAAAGCGGGCAAAAGCGAUGAUCCGGACCACAAUGGCAAGAUCACCAUCCAGCUACUAAAAAGCCGGACAGGAGAAUUCAAUCUCGAGUCCAUCCUGCUGUUGAAGCUGAGAGGCCUCGGGAUUCUGGAGCUGGGCUGCCUCGGCGAGUGUGCCAGCUUAGAGUGGCUCGGCCUGUCAGGCAACGGCCUGACCCACCUAGGUCCCCUGGCCUCCCUCAAAGUGUUGACCGUGCUCAAUGUCGCCGCCAACCAUAUCUCGAACCUGGAACCGCUGAGCGGCUGUGAAAGCCUGCAGAGCCUCAAUGCAUCCGGCAAUCAGCUGCGCAACCCACAACAGCUGCAGUGCCUGGCUGGGUUGUGGCAUCUAGACAACGUGCGCUUCCACAACGGCCCAGCCCGGCUCAGCUACCCAGCCAUCCUGGCGGAAAUGUUCCCACAGGUUAAAGUGAUUGACGGCAAACGGAUAUCCGGACGGGGUACUGAGCUCUACCAGCUGUGCAAGGAACUAGACCGCUCACUGCAGCGUUGCAACAAUGCCGGGGGUCUUGGCGAGACAGCUGGCCGGAUUCAGCCCUGGGUGGAAGAGGGCUACUGGGAGGUCCAACCAGCCCGGAGAAGCUCCAUCGUGGAGGAAGCCUACAAGCAGUUCAGCGAGGCUUUGCUGGAGUGCCAGGAAUUGAGUAAGCAGGUUGACCACAGCAUCAACCAGGCUGAGCAGGUGCUCGGUGGAGGGCGUCCUGAUGCCAACUCAUACCUCUUUUGA